UUCGCUCAGGCGGUCUGACGUCAUCAGCGUGCGCGGGCGCGCGCUCCCGCGUCUGUUGCGGUCAGAUCAAGAGAGGUAAUCCACGUGUCACACUAUUAUAAAGAUGGCGUUUAUGAAAGAGGAGAAAGAAGAAGUGAAGAUUGAAGAAACAUUCAGAGUCAAACAUGAAGAUACUGAGGAACAAACAGAUCUGUUUUCGCUGAAAAAGAAGAGCCAAGAACUGAAUGAAAUAAAACAUGAUUUCAUGACAUUAGAAAAAUUCGUACACACUGAAAAGACUUCCUCACGUAAUAGAGCUCAGAAAACCAAAUCGAACAAUUAUUUCAUCUGCCAAGAGUGUGGAAAGAGAUUCACUCAAAAAGGAAAACUUGAAAAACACAUGGAAAUUCACUCUGGAGCGAAGCCGUUCAUCUGCCAAGAGUGUGGAAAGAGCUUCAACCAAAACAUACACCUACAAACACACAUGAUAGAUCACAACAAAGAAAAGCCAUUCACCUGCCAAGAGUGUGGAAGGUGUUUUAAUCAUAAACAUAACCUUAAAGUCCACAUAAUAAUUCACUUUGGAGAGAAGCCUUUCACCUGCCAAGAGUGUGGAAAGAGCUUCAACCAAAACAUACACCUUAAAACACACAUGCUAGUUCACAAUGAAGAGAAGCCAUUUACCUGCCAAGAGUGUGGAAGGAGUUUUAAUCAUAAACAUAACCUUAAAGUCCACAUAAUAAUUCACUUUGGAGAGAAGCCUUUCAUCUGCCAAGAGUGUGGAAAGAGCUUCAGCCAAACCAUAUACCUUAAAACACACAUGCUAGUUCACAACAAAGAGAAGCCAUUCGCCUGUCAAGAGUGUGGAAGGUGUUUUAAUCAUAAACAUAACCUUAAAGCCCACAUGAGAAUUCACACUGGAGAGAAGACUUUCACCUGCCAAGAGUGUGGAAAGAGCUUCAACCAAAACAUACACCUUAAAACACACAUGCUAGUUCACAAUGAAGAGAAGCCAUUUACCUGCCAAGAGUGUGGAAGGAGUUUUAAUCAUAAACAUAACCUUAAAGUCCACAUGAGAAUUCAUUCUGGAGAGAAGAUUUUCACCUGCAAACAGUGUGGAAAGAGCUUCAAACAAAACAUACACCUUAAAACACACAUGCUAGUUCACAACAAAAAGAAGACUUUCACCUGCCAAGAGUGUGGAAGGUGUUUUAAUCAUAAACAUAACCUUAAAGCCCACAUGAGAAUCCACACUGGAGAGAAGCCUUACACAUGUGAUAAAUGUGGAAAGUGUUUCACUCAUAAGUAUAGCUGUGACGUCCACUUGAGAAUUCACACUGGAGAAAAGCCUUACAAAUGUGUUCAGUGCGGAAAUGGUUUCAGCUCUAAAGCAAACUUUAUUGCCCACAUGAGAGUUCACACUGGAGAGAAACCAUACACAUGUCAGUGUGGAAAAAGUUUCAAACAGAAAAUAGCACUUCGAAAUCACAUGAGAGUUCACACUGGAGUGAAGCCUUUCCCGUGUCUUCAGUGUGAGAAGAGAUUCGCUUAUAAACAAGACUUGAGGCGUCAUUUGCAAACACAUUUUAGCAAGAAAUAGGGGGUUCUGAGUUUUACAAGUUUACAUAAAGGAGCAAUUUCAAAAAUCACCAGCACAUUAUCUCUGGAGGAAGCUGAUUUAAUCAUGAUCGGUGUAAUAAUAUCUUUUGCCAUCAAAAUUACAAAUUCAUAUGAAAAGCCAUGCAGAUGUGAGACUAUAUUUGUGUUCUUUGUAAAGUGUUUUAAAUGGUUCAUUACCAUAAAAUACGUAUUUAUGUGAAAUUAAGGCUGCGUUCACAGCGCAGCUUUAAUGUGUCCCAAAUCUGAUUUUCCACUAUCAUGAAUAUUUUCAUUAUUUUAUCUUUUUAUAAUUUGUGUAAUUUCGCCUGAUUUUAUUAUAUAUGAAUGUGAACCACUAUGGCGUCACCCGACUAUUUUAUUUGCUGUAGUUCAGUACUUCUCAAAUCCUUUGUUGUCCCAAUGUACACCUUUGAGAAUAUAUAUAUUUUUCAUAAUAGAGUGUUUAUCUUACACUGAACAACAAUUGUUACAUUUUUACAAUAUUAUUAUUGACUUGGUACCCAAGUGCUGGAACUUUUGCCAGCAUUGAGUUGGAAUAAACAAGAUGUAAUAAAAUCCUUAAUG